AGCUAAUACCUGUUCAUAAAAUUAGCUUAUCAAGCUGAAAUUAGCACUAUGCAAAAGAACCUUCAGUCAUCAGUGGAGUUAAUUUAGGUCGUGAUCCACCAAGAGAACUCCACUCAGUUUACCCUCAUUUCGGGAGGGAGGGGGGGUUCAUUUGUGUGACUUAGAAAUGCUGGGGACAAAAUAAGAACAUUUUCAUAUGGGUAUCCUUUAUUAGGGUGUCUCUUUAUCCUUACUGCUGUUUAACUUUACGUGAAUUGGAUGGAAGUGUAUAUUUUAUAUGAAAAUACCAUUAUACAAUUUGUAACUUAUUUGUAUAUUAUAUAUUAAGAGAAACAGUUGUCACAGUAUAAUUCAGUUCUUAAUUGCUUUUGUGAUUAUCUUUAAGUUCAUACUCUCAAAGGGCCAAAUUUCACAUCUUUAUUACAAAGUUUGUUUAAUUCUUGGCAAAAUAAUUUACCAUUAUGAGUCCAUAUAGUGGGAUACAGAGUUUGAAGAAUAUGUAAAAACUGACUUUAUGCUUAUUACUUCCAAGAAAUUUAACAGUACUUGGAGAAACCAUGUCUGGCUCCAAGAAGCACUGUCCCAUGAAACCAUUUGAGAGGUUUUGGCAACUCUUUAAAGUGAAAACUUUUCCAUAGCAUCUCUUUAUUCCUGCAAUGUAAACACAGACAAGAAAAAGGGACGAGAAACCUGGAGGAAUUAGAAUUUUUUUUUUGUUUAUUUAGUCCAGAAGGGGAUUGUACUGGUCAAGAAUUUCACUUAUAAAAACAAAAACAAGCAAUUCUUAUUUUUUUUUUAAACAAUUUAUAUAUUUAUACAAGCACUGGGUACAGUCAGAAGUGCGGGCGGGUGAGAGAAUUCACCAGAGCCAGAGCUGGGAACAGAACAGGCAGACUGAUGAAAUACACUGCUAAGGGGAGCAGCGGGGCGGCAGAAGAGGUCUGCUGCGCCAUGUGGGACCCUCGCCGGUGGCCCAGGAUUGAACUGGCACUACAGAGGCUGCGGGCAGCUUCACACCCAGUGCUCAACCGCUGCGCUACCAGGGGAGGGAGGCCCCAAACCAAGCAAUUCUAGCUAAGCUACAAAGUCAGAAACAGUCCCUUGGACUCUCCUAGACAUGAUAUGCAGUGUUUUAGAGAAAAAGGGAAAGAGUUACUUUACUAUGGUUACCUACUCCUGAUCAUCUAAUGGAAAAGGGACAUUUUUUUUCCAAACUUCCAAGUCAAAACUAAUUUUAUCCAUAAUAAGAUGUACAUCUAGUUACCAGGAGCUUCCCUCUGGGAACCAGAGCACUUGCUUAAAAGGGAGUAAUUAAAAUUAGUUCUGGCUUGGGAGAGGUUAUAUGGUAGGCUUUUUUAUUCCUGAGCUUGAUUCUGGGUUGUUACCUUUCAAACAAAAAUAUAUUCUAAGAUUAGACGUAAUUUAAUUUAUUUGAAAUAUUGAACUAAAUAAAAUUUAACUUGAAAUUAUUUUGGAGAGUUGGAAACCAAGGAACUAGAAAAAGGUACAAAAGAUUAUAACCUAACAGCUUGCAGACAGAGAGAAAGUCGAAAACUUCUCUGAGAAGAUUCAUAGUAAAGAUAGAGGAAUUUUAGGCUGUGCGCUAACAUUUGAUCAGUAUGGAAUAUAAUUUUGGGCAGAAAUCCUGACAUCUUGAUCUGUUUUAAUCUGUGCUGGUUCACAGUUAGCAUCUUUCCUCUGUCCUGGAGAUUCCUUGUUUUUCUGUUUUACAUUUGUUCCACUUAAAUCCCACUAUUUCUCUUUUCCCAGGUUUAAAGCACAUUCUCCAAUAGCUUUUGUAAAGAAAAAAAUGAGGCAAAUUUUUUGAGGCCUCGCAUGUUUGAAGAUGUUAUUUUACCCUUAUUCUUGAUUGCCAUUUUGGUAGGGUAUAGACUUCUUAAGAAACUUUCAUGGCCAUUUUGAAGGCAUCUGCCUACCUCAAGGUUGCUGCUGAGAAGUCUGAAAAUGUUCUUCCUUCUGGUUUCCAGGAUGACUGUUGGAAGUCAGAUGUGAAUUCUGUUUCUUAUCUUUCAUUUAUAUGAUCUUUUUUUUUUUAAUGAUUUAUUUAUUUAUACAAGCACUGGGUACAGUCAGAAGCGCGGGAGGGUGAGAGAAUUCACCAGAGCCAGAGCAGGGAGCAGAGCAGGCAGAAGGACCGAAGUACACUGCUGAGGGGAGCAGCAGGCGGCAGGAGAGGUCUGCGCACUGGGGAUCGAACCGACGCUGCAGAGGCUGCAGGCAGCUUUGCAACCCAGCGCUCAACCGCUGCACCACUGGGGAGGCCCAUGAUCAUUUUUUUAUCUCUUCAAGUUUACAGCAUUAUCUUUGCUCCAGUAUUAUUCCUAGUAAGGUUCCAAUUUUUAAGCACUUGUACUCAGUACUUGAUAGGAUCUUUCAAUCUGAAAACUGUCAGUUCAGGAAAAUUUUCUUGACUGUUUCUUUAAUAAUUAUGUGUUCUCUUUCUAGAAUUCUCUUAUACAGAUGUUAGACCCCCAGAAUUGGUUCUCUGAUUUUCUUAUAUUUUUCACUUCCAGUUCCAUCUUGCUUUACUUCCUGGGAGAUAUCCUCAACUUAAUCUUCCAGUUUGUCUAUUGUGCUUUAUUUUUCUGGUCUCAUAUUUUUAAUUUCUAGACCCCUCUUUUCUGUGUAUUCCUUAAUUAGCAUCCGCUUUUUGGUUCAUGGUUGCAUCCUCUCUCUUCAAAAAUACUACUUAUGCACCCACAUAUACCUGCAUGCAUUCAUAGCUAUGUUUUCUUUUUCCCGCAUUUUCUGUGCUCUCCGCAAAAGUUUUUCUUUGCUUUCUUCAUGUUUUUUAUUGGUUUUUUUUUUCUUUUUUUUUGAUCAUAGACUUUCCUCCGUGAUCUUGACUGUCUAUUCAUACUUAAGAGUGGAAUACUAAAAAAAAUGAAAGGAUAAACAAUGGGGAAAGAGGCUCAUCAACUGCUUCACCAUGACCUAGCUAAUCUAUUAAAUUUCAGUCUUUUUAAAACUUUCUCUUUGACCUGCCAAGGAAUACUCUUCUAUUCUGAUUGAAGGGCAAAAAUCUUGACUGCCAGAGACUAUUCUUUUCCUUUUGCAGUUCCAUAAGUCUUGCUUUUGUAAUCCAUUUCUUUAUUUGUUAAGACUAUUUAAGUUGACCUUUUUUUUUCAAAAGAUGUAUUUAUUUUUUUAUUUAUACAAUAGCUGGGGUACAGGCCAGAGGCUCAGGAGGGUGAGAGGAUUCACCAGAGACAGAGCGGGGUUGCCCUUUUUAAUAUUGUUUGUUUUCUGCUGUCCCCAAUUUGCCACCUUUCUGUUUUUAAAUUUCAAAACACAAAAUCUCUGUAAGGUUUCCUUUGAUCCUUUCCCCGGCAAGCCACCAUUAUAUGCUGCUUUUCUAGGACAUAUUUUUAACUGUAAUUUAAUUAAAUGCAUUUAUAUUUGUUACAUGCACUGAAAACCUCGUCUUUUAUGGUGCUGUGUACCCCAUGGGUGCUAAAUAAAAGCUUGUGACUGGCAACUGGAAUUACAUUUGGUUAAUUCUGUGUCUGUCUUGUCAUACACAUCCUUCCCAAGCUGAUAAAAAUUUUUAGAAGAAACUGGUAAACCUUUCAGAAAAACAGUCAUUUCUCAAGCUGUACCCAGUUGUGAUGACCACCUUUCCUCUGAUUACUAGAAGAAAACGGGGCAGAGUGAGGAGCCCCUGGAGUAUUUUAUUUAAAACAAAAAGCAAAGUCAGACUCGAAUGUGCAGAAGGCACGCCCUCCAGUUUGAGAACCUCACCUACAAACUCGGAGUUUCUCUUCUCUUCGGGGACUUCCCUUAAAUGAUUUCAUGAAAACGAAACUGCUGGUAAACGAAACUGCUGGCGAACUUCCUUCCGGAAGGCGGGGUGGCAGUCGGUUGUCCGCGGAGCAGCCAUGGAGCCCGAGCCCCCUUCCCUGUCCGAGCCGGCCUGCGGCGCUAGCCGGCCGCCCGUGGAGGGCCUGCGGGUCUCGCUCCCCACUCCAACCGGUCUUUUUCAGGUUGCAGAAAAGAUGGAGAGAAGGACAUGUGCACUCUGCCCCAAAGACCUCGAAUACAGUGUCCUGUAUUUUGCACAAUCAGGGAAUAUAGCUGCUCAUGAAAAUUGUUUGCUGUAUUCUUCAGCACUUGUGGAAUGUGAGGAUCAUGAGUCUCAUAAUGGUGAUAGAAGUUUUGAUGUGGAAUCUGUAAAGAAAGAAAUCUAUAGAGGAAGGAAGUUGACAUGCAGAUUUUGUCGUCAAAAAGGAGCCACUGUGGGAUGUGAAGUAAAAUCCUGUUCUAAGAGUUACCAUUUUUUCUGUGCCAAGAGUGACCACGCAGUGCUACAAACUGAUGGAUCUCGAGGAAUUUAUAAAGUGUUUUGCCAACAACAUGCUCCAAAGGGAGGAUUUCAAAAUGAUAAUUUUUCAGGAGUGAAAAGAAAAAAAAUGAAGAAAUGUCUCUCAACAGACAUUUGUGUACAGACCCCUGCAGAAAUGACAGUCAAUAGAUUUUUAAAACAAUUGAGGAAAAUGGAUGGUACACACACAGAUGCAGUUAUGAAAGUUUCUUUUCUUAAGAAAUGUAAAGAAGCAGGACUUCUUAAUGACUUAUUUGAAGCAAUAUUAGACAAACUUCAUUCAAUUCACGAAAGACUCAUGGAUGAGACGGCUUCAGAAUCAGACUAUGAAGAAAUUGGGACUUCACUUUUUGACUGUACAUUGUUUGAAGACACAUUUUUUGAUUUUCAAGCAGCAAUAGAGAAUGAAAUUCAUCAAUCUGAAGAAAGGCGGCGGCAGCUGAAAGAAGAGAUUGAGCUACUUCAGGACUUAAAACAAACCUUGUGUUCUGUUCAAAGAAACAGAGAUACUGCAGUAACUUCUGAAUCAUCUUACAAAUUUCCAAAGCCAGAAAGUCAGGCACAGUUGCAAGCUGGUAGGGAGGACACACACUCCAACCAGUGAACGCCACAUGUCUUUAAGACUAGGUUUCUCUUGCAUUAGUCUGCAAACUUCAUUUCUCACCAUCUCUACCUGUUCUUACUGGGUUACAUUAUAUGCCAGUUUGGGUGUUUACCUCCCCCCUUCUAUCAUCUGAGGUCUACUUCUCCUCUCCACUGUUUCUUGAAUUAUACUUGAGUAAGUUGGAUCAUGCCUUCCAUCUCUCCCACUCUUUGGUAGCUCCCAGCUGGUGCAGUCUCUCACUCCAGAGAUCUAAAUUGAUUCCAGUAAUAGGCCAGGUGCUUCCCCUGCAAACCCACCCAGGGAGGGAGCAUGUCCUGUUGUGAAGUCCUAACUGCUGCGCCCACGGGUCUCACCUCCCAGCUCUCCCACUUACUACCUCUGAGAGUACUUUUCCUCCAUGGCCAUACUCGGUGUAACCAUUGUAUCUAGCUCUCCGAGGCCAGGGACUCACUAUUUUGUGUUUCACUUAUUGCAUUCCCAGCUCCAGCAUGCGCUGCCACUGUUGAUUAGCUGCAUAAUAAUAAGGACAUAAACUGUUCUUAUUUUUUGAGACUAGUUCCAGCUUAUAAUGCCUCUUAGAGAUAAGUUUGAAACUUACUUUACUUGAAUCAAAUUUACCUAAAUUUACCUCUCUUCUUGUCAUAAAGUUUGUUUUUUAAAUUUCUUUUCAGAUAUUCACCACAUAGGUAUACAUCAUCUUCAAAAUAAACAUUUUUUUAACUGUAAAAGUAUAUGGCCUUUUAUUUUUUAACUUAUUUAUAUAUAUUUUACAUCAUUUUUGUUCAUUUUUAAACAAUGUUUGUACCCCAUAGAAUGUUUGCUCCCCAUAGAAUUUCCUGCACCAAUCCACCCGUGACCAUCACCACAGUCCCCUGUGCUCCUCCCUCCCUCCCUCUGAUCCCUCUCCCUCCUCCUCCCCUGCAGGAU